AGUGGGCAGCUCUAAUUUGGAUAUUGUCGACGGUCACACUGCGUCAGCUGAUUUGAUAGACCUGAGUUCGUUCUUGGUAUUCUGGAAAGUUUGCAAUACUUUCACAUUUUUCGAGUUGACGGUCCAAGUGUUUCUCGACGUCGUCUCUUUUCAUUUCUUUUCAUUUCUCUGAAGCGAGUGGUUCGCCAGCGGUUCGUUUUAUUUUCUCGCCCCGGAGCAGAAAGAAUCGUGUCGCAUCGCAUCUAAUAGCACGCGCGUCGGCAGAAAGUGAAAAGUGUUUAGUGAGUCGUCGGUAGUGCAAUGAUUCUGGAGGUGGAACAUCCUAAGCAGGGCAUCGCCAAUGCAUGCCAUGCCGCGCGGGCAUCGCAGUACCGGUGGCGGUUCUCGCACAAGCGGGACCUGCACUUCCAGCCAGUGAGUGAGGAGCAGCAGAAGCCAUUGCACCAUUACUACCGUAGCCUGAUGGCGGGCAAUCGCCGCUGCGGCGGUCGCGUCGUCAGCCGCCACCACUACUUCAAGCACAGUCGCGCCUUCCUGUGGUUCCUGCUGUGCAACAUGCUGGUCUCCAUACCCCCCACCCAGGCCCAGCUACUAAUCAACGUCCAGAAUCAGGGCGGCGAGGUGAUCCAGCAAAGCAUUACCUCCAACAUCGGCGAAGACCUGAUAACGCUAGAGUUCCAGAAAACAGACGGCACGCUAAUCACCCAAGUCAUUGACUUCCGCAACGAGGUUCAAAUCCUCAAGGCCCUGGUUUUGGGCGAGGAGGAGCGCGGCCAGAGUCAGUACCAGGUCAUGUGCUUUGCCACCAAGUUCAACAAGGGCGACUUCAUCUCAUCAGCGGCGAUGGCCAAGCUGCGCCAGAAGAAUCCGCACACCAUCCGCACCCCCGAGGAGGACAAGGGUCGGGAGACCUACACGAUGAGCAGCUGGGUGCAGCUUAACCGCUCCCUGCCCAUCACAAGACAUCUCCAGGGCCUCUGCGCCGAGGCCACGGACGCCACCUACGUCCGGGACGUCGACCUCAAGGCCUGGGCGGAGCUUCCGGGCUCGUCGAUCUCCAGCCUGGAGGCAGCCACCGAAAAGUUCCCGGACACCCUCUCGACCCGCUGCAACGAGGUGAGCAGCCUGUGGGCGCCCUGCCUCUGCACCUUGGAGACCUGUAUCGGGUGGUAUCCCUGCGGGCUCAAAUACUGCAAAGGCAGAGGUUCGCAGGGGGGAGCGGAUUCGUCGGGGGCGCAGCAGCAAACGAAUUACCGCUGCGGCAUCAAGACCUGCCGCAAGUGCACACAGUUUACCUAUUAUGUGCGCCAGAAACAACAGUGCCUCUGGGAUGAAUGACGGCGCGGAGAACUGCAGCUGAUGCAGAUGCAGAUGCGCUGCGCCAGGCGGCUGCAGAAUGGCACCGAUGCCUGUCCGGGCGUGGGAAUUGGCAGUGAAACGGAGGCAGCAACAGGAACAACGACACCAGCAACAAAAAAAGGCCAAGAUACAAUGGCGACAACAACGACUACCAACAAAUUACGCCAGUUGCUUUUGUUGGUGCAGCAGCAGAUGCCUUUUGCUCUUUGGAGCUUUCCGGUCCAUCAGAUUUCGCAAUACCAGCCCUAUUCCCAUUCCCCGAAGCAGAAAAUGCCUCAACAGCAUCAGCAUCAAGUUGCCACCACAUUGCAUCACCCAUCAUCAUCAUCAUCCAGGUCCACAUUCACCUCCACAUCCACAGCCACACUGGCGACCAUCGUUGCGUGAUAAUGAGCGCUUGGAAUAUCCAACGUUCCCACCCUCUCCUCGCCCUCGAUGCCCAACAAAGAAGAUCUGAGUGUUGUGACACUUUUUCAGCUCACAAUUCAGGAUUCUGGACACCAACACUGGAGCUGCAACGAGGAG